GUUGGGUGCCAUAGAGUGAGACUGAGAACAGGAAGCGGAGGCAGCAUCAGAGAGGAUUCUGGAAAGGUCUCUGUGUUUUCUUUUCCACUGAGAAUACAGAAAUUAUAAUUAAUUAGUAAGGCUUUGUGGAUGGAAAUCUGGACUAUUUCAGGAGGAGACAUAUAUUAUCACAUUAUUUUUGGAUGCUGGGAUUUGCAGUGAUUUGUCAUUCUCCUUCAUUCAGGUUGAAAAAAUGUUUCUAUGUGAACAUUUAGACUUAUCUUUGUCUACUGCAAUUAAUUUUGAGAAGCUUUGGACCAAGGAACAAAGAAUGAGAAAAUCUUGAAGAAACUUCAGUCUUCAAGAAGCUUCAGCUCCCAAGAAGAAACUUUUCUUAACAACUCAGUUUUUGCUAGAAAUGCAGCCUUUUUGUUUUAAUGACAGCAAAAGAUCCAGUGGCUGAACUCUGAGAUUUGGUACUUGUUAGAGAAAUAAGGCAGGAGGAGAGAAGAAAUAGGAACAAAUGAAUUCAAAAGCGAAUGUUGCAGUGAGGUAGAGAGGGAAGAAAAGAGGUCAUUCUUAUGUGAGAGGCUAAAAGUAAUUAAAUUUGCAGGAUGAAAACAUGGCACAGGCACUGCUGGUACCACCAGGACCUGAAAGCUUCCGCUAUUUUACUAGAGAUUCUCUCGCAGCUAUUGAAAAGCGUUCUGCAGAAGAAAAAGCUAAAAAGCCCAAGCAAGAACAUACAGACGAUGAUGACGAAAAUGGUCCAAAACCAAACAGUGACCUGGAGGCAGGAAAGACACUGCCAUUUAUUUAUGGUGACAUACCUCCAGGAAUGGUAUCUGAACCUUUGGAAGACCUGGACCCAUAUUAUAUCAAUAAAAAAACUUUCAUAGUAUUGAAUAAGGGAAAGGCAAUUUUCCGAUUCAGUGCCACAUCUGCCUUGUACAUUUUAACUCCUUUUAAUCCCAUCAGAAAAAUUGCUAUCAAGAUUUUGGUACAUUCAUUAUUCAGCAUGCUUAUCAUGUGCACUAUUUUGACCAAUUGUGUAUUUAUGACCAUGAGUAACCCUCCAGACUGGACAAAGAAUGUAGAGUACACUUUCACUGGAAUUUAUACCUUUGAAUCACUUAUCAAAAUUCUUGCAAGGGGCUUCUGCCUAGAAGGUUUUACUUUUCUGCGAGACCCAUGGAACUGGCUUGACUUCAGUGUCAUUUUAAUGGCGUAUGUAACAGAAUUUGUAAACCUAGGCAAUGUUUCAGCUCUUCGAACUUUCAGAGUAUUGAGAGCUUUGAAAACUAUUUCUGUAAUCCCAGGCCUAAAGACUAUUGUGGGAGCCCUAAUUCAGUCUGUGAAGAAGCUCUCGGAUGUUAUGAUCCUGACCGUGUUUUGCCUGAGUGUAUUUGCACUAAUAGGGCUGCAGCUCUUCAUGGGCAACUUGAGGAAUAAAUGCCUGCAGUGGCCUCCAGACAAUUCUACUUUUGAAAUAAAUGUUAUUUCCUACUUUAACAGCACAAUGAAUGAAAAUGGUACAUUUGUUAAUAUGACAGUGAGCACAUUCAACUGGAAGGAUUACAUUGAGGAUGAAACUCAUUUUUACAUUUUGGAAGGACAAAGAGAUGCCCUACUUUGUGGUAACAGCUCUGAUGCAGGGCAGUGUCCAGAGGGAUAUAUAUGUGUGAAAGCUGGUAGAAACCCCAACUAUGGUUACACAAGUUUUGACACCUUCAGUUGGGCUUUUUUGUCACUCUUUCGGCUAAUGACUCAGGACUUCUGGGAAAACCUGUAUCAGCUGACACUCCGUGCUGCUGGGAAGACAUACAUGAUAUUUUUUGUUCUGGUGAUUUUUCUGGGCUCUUUCUAUCUGAUCAACUUGAUUCUGGCUGUGGUUGCCAUGGCCUAUGAAGAACAGAAUCAAGCAACCAUGGAAGAAGCAGAACAGAAAGAGGCAGAAUUUCAACAGAUGCUGGAACAACUGAAGAAGCAACAAGAAGAAGCUCAGGCAACAGCAGCAGUAGCAGCAGCAUCAGUUGCAUCAAGAGAUUUCAGUGGUGUAGGGGGAUUAGGAGAACUCCUGGAAAGUUCUUCAGAAGCAUCCAAGUUGAGUUCAAAGAGUGCUAAAGAAAGAAGAAACAGAAGGAAGAAAAGAAGACAGAAAGAAAUGUCUGAAGCAGAGGAUAAAGGAGACACUGAUAAGUUCCCCAAGUCCGAGUCGGAAGACAGCAUCAGAAGGAAAAGUUUCCGCUUCUCCACAGAAGGAAGUCAACUGACAUAUGAAAAAAGAUUCACAUCUCCUCACCAGUCUUUGCUAAGCAUUCGUGGUUCCCUGUUCUCACCAAGACGCAACAGCAAAACAAGCAUUUUCAGUUUCAGAGGUCGUGCAAAGGAUGUAGGAUCUGAAAAUGACUUUGCUGAUGAUGAGCACAGCACUCUUGAAGACAAUGAGAGCAGAAGAGAUUCUCUCUUUGUUCCAAAUCGACAUGGAGAACGACGCAACAGUAAUAUUAGUCAGACAAGUGUGUCAUCUAGAAUGGUACCAGCCCUUCCAGUAAAUGGGAAGAUGCACAGCACUGUGGAUUGCAAUGGAGUCGUUUCCUUGGUUGGAGGACCUUCAACUCUAACUUCACCUACUGGUCAGCUUCUACCAGAGGGCACCACUACAGAAACAGAAAUAAGAAAAAGAAGACUGAGUUCUUAUCAAAUUUCCAUGGAAAUGCUGGAAGAUUCUGCUGCAAGACAAAGAGCCAUGAGUAUAGCCAGCAUACUUACAAAUACAAUGGAAGAGCUUGAAGAAUCCAGACAGAAAUGCCCACCAUGCUGGUACAGAUUUGCAAAUACUUUCUUGAUCUGGGAUUGCUGGAGUCCAUGGUUAAAAGUAAAACACGUCGUCAAUUUAGUUGUGAUGGAUCCAUUUGUUGAUCUUGCUAUAACUAUUUGUAUUGUUUUAAACACCUUAUUUAUGGCCAUGGAACAUUACCCAAUGACAGAACAGUUUAGCAGUGUCCUUUCUGUGGGGAACCUGGUAUUCACUGGAAUAUUCACAGCAGAAAUGGUACUAAAGAUAAUUGCCAUGGACCCUUAUUAUUACUUCCAAGAAGGCUGGAAUAUUUUUGAUGGUAUUAUUGUAAGCCUUAGUUUAAUGGAGCUUGGUCUUGCAAAUGUUGAAGGAUUAUCUGUUCUUCGGUCAUUCAGAUUGUUGCGAGUUUUCAAACUGGCAAAAUCUUGGCCAACUCUAAAUAUGCUCAUUAAGAUUAUUGGCAACUCAGUGGGGGCUCUGGGGAAUCUGACCCUGGUGCUGGCCAUCAUUGUGUUCAUUUUCGCUGUGGUGGGGAUGCAGCUGUUUGGGAAAAGCUACAAGGAAUGUGUCUGCAAGAUCUCCAGUGACUGUGAACUUCCACGUUGGCACAUGCAUGACUUUUUCCACUCUUUCCUGAUUGUAUUCCGAGUGCUGUGCGGGGAAUGGAUAGAAACCAUGUGGGACUGCAUGGAGGUUGCAGGCCAAACCAUGUGCCUUAUUGUUUUCAUGCUGGUCAUGGUAAUCGGAAACCUAGUGGUAUUGAACCUGUUUCUGGCCUUGCUGCUGAGCUCAUUCAGUUCAGACAACCUUGCUGCUACUGAUGAUGAUAAUGAAAUGAACAAUCUCCAGGUUGCUGUGGCGAGGAUUCAGAAGGGAAUAGAUUAUGUGAAAAAGAAGAUACGGGAGUUCAUCCAAAAAGCCUUUGUUAGAAAGCAGAAAGCUUUAGAGGAAAUCAAAGCACUUGAAGAGUUAAACAACAAGAAAGACAGCUGCAUUUCCAAUCAUACUGCCGUGGAAAUAAGCAAAGAUCCAAAUUAUCUUAAAGAUGGAAAUGGAACCACCAGUGGUGUAGGCACAGGCAGCAGUGUGGAAAAAUAUGUGAUCGAUGAAAAUGAUUACAUGUCAUUCAUAAACAAUCCAGGCCUCACUGUGACAGUGCCAAUUGCAGUUGGAGAAUCAGAUUUUGAAAAUUUAAAUACAGAAGAAUUUAGCAGUGAAUCUGAUUUGGAAGAAAGCAAACAGAAACUAAACGCAUCCAGUUCAUCAGAAGGCAGCACAGUUGAUAUUGCUCCUCCUGGAGAGGGCGAGCAAGCAGAAAUUGAAAGUGAAGAAGCUCUUGAACCAGAAGCCUGUUUUACAGAAGGUUGUGUGCAGAAAUUUCCAUGUUGUCAAGUAAGUAUAGAGGAUGGAAAAGGAAAAAUUUGGUGGAAUCUUCGAAAAACCUGCUACAGCAUAGUUGAACACAACUGGUUUGAGACUUUCAUUGUCUUCAUGAUUCUCCUCAGCAGUGGAGCACUAGCUUUUGAAGAUAUAUAUAUUGAACAGCGCAAAACUAUCAAGACCAUGCUGGAAUAUGCUGACAAAGUCUUUACAUACAUUUUCAUUUUGGAAAUGCUUUUAAAAUGGGUAGCAUAUGGUUUUCAAAUAUAUUUUACUAAUGCCUGGUGCUGGCUGGACUUCCUGAUUGUUGAUGUCUCAUUGGUUAGUUUAAUAGCCAAUGCUUUGGGCUAUUCUGAACUUGGUGCCAUUAAAUCGCUUCGGACAUUAAGAGCUUUAAGACCUUUAAGAGCCUUGUCACGAUUUGAAGGAAUGAGGGUGGUUGUAAAUGCCCUUGUAGGAGCAAUUCCAUCCAUCAUGAAUGUAUUGCUGGUUUGUCUUAUAUUCUGGCUCAUCUUCAGCAUCAUGGGAGUAAAUCUGUUUGCUGGCAAAUUCUAUCACUGUGUCAACACAACAACUGGUGAGAUGUUUGAUGUCAGUGAUGUCAACAACUAUACUCAGUGUGAGGAACUCAUAAAAAACAAUCAAAGUGCCCGAUGGAAGAAUGUGAAAGUGAACUUUGAUAAUGUAGGAGCUGGAUAUCUUGCUCUGCUUCAAGUAGCUACUUUCAAAGGAUGGAUGGAUAUUAUGUACGCUGCUGUUGAUUCAAGAGAUGUAGAAGACCAACCUAAGUAUGAGGAUAACUUGUAUAUGUAUCUUUAUUUUGUCAUCUUUAUCAUAUUUGGAUCAUUCUUCACCUUGAACCUUUUCAUUGGUGUCAUUAUAGACAACUUCAACCAACAAAAAAAGAAGUUCGGAGGUCAGGAUAUAUUUAUGACAGAAGAACAGAAGAAAUAUUACAAUGCAAUGAAAAAACUGGGAUCCAAAAAGCCACAGAAACCUAUACCAAGGCCAGUGAACAAAUUCCAAGGCAUGGUCUUUGAUUUUGUAACCAAACAAGUAUUUGACAUCAGCAUCAUGAUCCUCAUCUGCCUUAACAUGGUCACAAUGAUGGUAGAAACAGAUGACCAGAGUAAAGAAAUGGAAACAAUUUUAUCCCGGAUUAACCUUGUGUUCAUUAUUCUUUUCACUGGAGAAUUUGUCCUGAAGUUGAUUUCACUUCGCCAUUACUACUUCACUAUAGGCUGGAACAUUUUUGAUUUUGUUGUUGUGAUUCUCUCCAUAGUAGGUAUGUUCUUAGCUGAGAUGAUUGAGAAAUAUUUUGUGUCCCCCACACUGUUCAGAGUCAUCCGACUUGCCAGAAUCGGUCGAAUCCUGCGUCUCAUUAAAGGCGCUAAGGGAAUCCGCACUCUGCUUUUUGCUUUGAUGAUGUCUCUUCCUGCUCUGUUCAACAUUGGUCUGCUGCUGUUCCUGGUCAUGUUUAUCUAUGCGAUAUUCGGCAUGUCCAACUUUGCCUAUGUCAAGAGGGAAGUUGGGAUUGAUGACAUGUUCAACUUUGAAACGUUUGGCAACAGCAUGAUCUGCCUGUUUCAAAUCACCACAUCUGCUGGCUGGGAUGGUUUGCUUGCCCCAAUUCUUAACAGUGGGGAGCCGGACUGUGACCCCCAUAAAGACCACCCGGGAAGCUCUGUGAAAGGUGACUGCGGCAACCCUUCCGUUGGGAUUUUCUUCUUUGUCAGCUACAUUAUCAUCUCAUUUCUGGUAGUGGUGAACAUGUACAUUGCUGUGAUUCUGGAGAACUUCAGUGUUGCUACUGAAGAAAGCGCUGAACCCUUGAGCGAGGAUGACUUCGAGAUGUUCUACGAAGUCUGGGAGAAGUUUGAUCCUGAUGCAACACAAUUCAUAGAAUAUAGUAAGCUAUCAGAUUUUGCAGCCUCGUUAGAUCCUCCUCUUCUAAUAGCAAAGCCCAACAAAGUCCAGCUUAUUGCAAUGGAUUUGCCCAUGGUGAGCGGUGACAGAAUUCACUGCCUUGACAUCUUGUUUGCUUUCACAAAGCGUGUUUUGGGGGAAAGUGGGGAGAUGGAUGCCCUCAGAAUACAGAUGGAAGAUCGGUUUAUGGCAUCCAAUCCUUCAAAAGCUUCCUAUGAACCAAUUACAACCACAUUAAAACGCAAACAGGAGGAAGUAUCUGCUCUCAUUAUUCAGCGUGCUUUCAGACGUCACCUUUUAAGACAAAAAGUCAAAAAGGUGUCUAAUAUGUAUAACAGAAAUAAAAACAAAGGAGAUGGACCUGUUAUAGAAGAGAUAAUUAUUGAUAAACUAAAUGGGAACUCCACUCCAGAAAAAACAGAUGAGAGUUCCUCUACAACUUCCCCACCUUCUUAUGACAGUGUAACAAAACCAGACAAAGAAAAAUAUGAAAAAGAUAAAGCAGAAAAGAAUUACAAACGUAAAGAUGUCAGGGAAAAUAAAAAAUAAAGAUCUAAGAAUUCUGCUUGUGGGACUUGUUUACAGUCUUUGAGAAUGAAGCAUCAACUGGACUCCUGCAGGAGGUUUAUGCCAAACUGACAGUUUUUACACAUAUAUAAAGUGUGUGUGUGUGCGCGUGCGUGCGUGCGUAUAUAUACGUUAUGUAUAUAAUUAAGGUCAGUGCCUAUAAGAAAACAGUGAACCUUCAUCAUCAAACUGUGACUCUGUGAAUCAGGGUACCAAACUUGACAGGAGGUUACUGUUUUCACUACAGCUGACACUGCUAAGAAAGAGGGAAAAAGUGGCUCCACAGAGAACAUGGAGCAUGACAGGCGUGCAAAGCGAUACUGUUUUGUGUUUCACAUACUGCCAAACAUAUAGAACAGUGCUUCUCUUCACUGUUUGUAAUGCAACUGCUACAUCUGUCAUAUUUUUACAAAAUCGGUAUUAGUGUAUUUAUCAUUUUUUAAUUCACAAGUUGUUUACAAUUAUAUGUGACUAUUUUUGUAAUAGGUUUUAUGUUGGGGAAAGAGGUAUGAGGACCGGGUGUUCUACUCUCAGAUUCUCUAUAAUGUACAGAUAGAAGUGAUUUGCAUAGGCAUGCUCCACUUCUCAACCAAGCAUAAAUAAAAAUAUGGCAUUGCACAAAGCUAAAGAUUUUAAGAACAUCCAUGUUUCAGUGUUGCUCUUAAAUUUGAGGCAUUCUAACUACUUGUACGGCUGCAUCCAGACUAUGUGCAUCCAGAUUAAUGUGCCUGGAAAAUCUACACUAAUUUACAGGAAUCUGCAAUGACUUAUUUUUAUGCAAAUCACUAAAAAUGAGCAACUUGUUUCUAAAAAAAUGUUCACAGCUUAAAAAUUAUCAUGUGGUUUCUGCAAUGGAAAAAAUAGCUUCACUAAAACAUACUUGAGAGUUCUUUUGUUUUGUUUUUGUUUGUUUGUUUGUUUUUGUUUUUUUUUUGUUGUUUUGUUUUGUUUUGUUGUUGUUGUUUUUUUAAGCAGCUCAGUCUUUUUCCUAGAUGGUUCUUUAGUUACCAUCUUCUCUCACUAUGGCCAACAUUAAAUGAAUCAAUAAAAUACCCUUCUCCAUGUAAAUAUUGAUGGUAUACUGUUGUGCAUAUUUAAGCAUAGAAAUAAAUGGCUUUGCCACAUUGAAUUGCAUCAGAUAUGUACCACAGUAUGGGUAAUUCACAAGAGCUCAACAGGACAUGUUGUAUUCUGUGUCAUUAUAGAUAGUUUGGAGAGUAUCACUGGUGCAUGUCACUGCUUUUGCUGCUGUAUCUUGCUGCUUCCACUGCCCAGUCUCCACUACAGGAAGCCACAUGUCAGUGGUGAAAUGAAUCAAAUUGUCCAACCAGACCUCAUUCUUUCAAAUCAUUAAGCAAUAGUUUGCAGCUAUUUAUGAGCUUCUUUAGUUUUGCAUUUUAAAUUUGAAGUGGCUACUAUAUGGUAUAGAACCAGACUGUACAGGCCAUGUUGCAAGCUGUUUAACCUGUUGAAAAUGUGGUUAGCAUAUAUAAAUGAUGUAAAGAAAUAGCAUUUGGCAACAGUUUUGUAUAUAAGAAAAGUGUCUUUAAACUUUAGAUCACUGUUUCUUAUAUUUCUUUCCUCAUUCACUUGGCUUACUUUCUAACCACAGUAAUUUCAAACUGGCAUCAUCACACUAUGAGAGAAAAAAAAAAAGUGAGUGCUUGUAGACUAUCUUGUUUUAAUAUUAUAUUUGCAUAUAUUUCAAUGUGAAGUAAAAUGUGUAAAUCUGGAGCCCAGCUUGUUUCCAAAUAGUUAUAACUGGUAACAGGACAUAGCAAGGAAAGUAUUAGGAGAAUGUGCGAAUUUCUAGCACCGUUUGCAUCAGAAGUUCCAAGAUAGUCUCAUCGUUCAUUAAGUCCUUGCUAUCUUGCAGUGUAUGUUUACAUAGCCUAUUCUUAUUCUUUUUGAUUCACACUGCACCAGACUUGUACAAAUAGGAUCCACAACAUUUCCCAAGAACAAAAUGGCACAUUUGUAUUAUCAAAGACAUCAGGACACUGUGUGUUUCAUACACAAGCUAACAUUAAAUGUAGAAUCUUUCUUUUACAAAUGCUUUUGACUUGUAAUGUGUUGGUGAAAUGCAUGCAAGAAAUUGUUAUUAUCAUAAACAAUGUAAACAAUAUUAUAAAUGAGCCAAAAAAUAAAGAUUUCAUUUUUUAUUGUA